AGGACCAAGCUUAAAAAGACUACUAUUACUACAUGCCCUUGUUUACAAGUCAUUUGGAAGCGUUAAGUUUUUAUGGCAAUUGCGGCAACCAUGACUAGCCAAGAAAACAACAGCAAGGCUGAUGAUCACCACCACUAUCAUGACCACCAUGGCCAUGACCAUGACAUGGUCAUGCCAGGAUUUCGCUUCCAUCCUACCGAAGAAGAACUCAUAGAGUUCUACCUUCGCCGUAAGGUGGAGGGAAAACGCUUCAAUGUUGAACUCAUCACUUUUCUCGAUCUCUACCGCUAUGACCCUUGGGAACUUCCUGCCUUGGCAGCAAUUGGAGAAAAGGAAUGGUUCUUCUAUGUGCCUAGAGACAGGAAGUAUCGGAAUGGGGACCGGCCCAAUCGUGUAACAAGUUCUGGAUACUGGAAGGCUACGGGAGCUGAUAGAAUGAUUCGAAGUGAGAACUUGAGAUCCAUAGGGCUGAAGAAGACCCUUGUUUUCUACUCGGGGAAGGCUCCAAAAGGCAUCCGAAGUAGUUGGAUAAUGAACGAAUACCGCUUGCCCCAACAUGAAACCGAAAGACUACAAAAGGCUGAAAUAUCACUUUGUCGUGUCUACAAGAGACCCGGAGUUGAAGAUCAUCAAUCACUUCCUCGUUCAGUUGCGACAAGGGCAUCCUCGUCGAGGGGCACGACACAUUUGGUUAAAAACCAGCACACUUCCAUGGAUAACUUUCAAGCCUUUCCAUUACAACAACAAUCUCAAGUUGAUCAAGAAACUGAAAAAAUGAGCGAAACAAGCGGUAGCAGUAGCAACGCAGAAGUGCUUUCCAAACACAACCCUAGUUUCAAUAUUCCACCACCAUUUUCCUCUUUAGUCCCUAAUUGCACCCCCACAGGCUUUAUUUCAGGCUCUAAUAUGUCUUUGGUGCCCAACUAUGGAGUAGCUGACGAUUUUCAUAGGCUAAUGAACUCACAACAAGAUUCAAUCUUUCAGCAACAAAAUUAUCAAAAUCAAAACCAUCAAUACUAUCUAUCUUCUCAGUUCUCCACAUUGCAGCCACAACCACCACAUACCACCUUCUCGGACCGACUCUUGUGGGAGUUGAACUCAAUCACUGAGGGAUCAAACAAAGACUACUGCACCAGCCUCUUCAAGUAAUCGCGCAUAUCUUAUUAGCUACACAUCUAUAUAUCAAAGUUCAGAUUUUCUAAAAGCUUAAAUUGUUAGACAGCGAGAUGAGUAACUUUAAUAUUUAUAUAUAUGCUCAUCCAGUCAGCAAUCAUAUAUAAGUGACUGAUACUGAUUAAUGAUAUUUGUUGCUUUACAAUGCAUCAGGGUUUAAGAAGGUCUAUGUUUUUCUUUUCUUUAUUUAAUAUCAAAACGGUUGCUGU